UCUUCUGAAGGGUAGGUCGCCAUGUCACUUUUCACUUCCUUUCCAUUUGAAAACGUGGUGUUGAAGACGGCAAAAUGGGUCGCCGUCCCGCUCGAUGCUACCGCUACUGCAAGAAUAAACCGUAUCCGAAGUCACGGUUCUGCCGUGGUGUCCCCGAUCCGAAGAUCCGCAUCUUCGAUUUGGGCAGGAAGAAGGCAACAGUGGAGGACUUCCCCCUCUGCGUGCACCUGGUGUCUGACGAGUACGAGCAGCUGAGUAGUGAGGCUCUCGAGGCCGGACGUAUCUGCUGCAACAAGUACCUCGUGAAGCACUGCGGAAAAGAUCAAUUCCACAUCCGGAUGCGCCUCCAUCCCUUCCAUGUUAUCCGCAUCAACAAAAUGUUGUCAUGCGCCGGAGCUGAUAGGCUCCAAACUGGGAUGAGAGGUGCUUUUGGGAAGCCCCAGGGCACCGUGGCACGUGUGGACAUUGGCAAACCAAUCAUGUCCGUGCGCUCGAGCGAUCGCUUCAAGGCUCAGGUGAUUGAGGCGCUCCGUCGUGCCAAGUUCAAGUUCCCCGGACGCCAGAAGAUCUUCAUCUCCAAGAAGUGGGGCUUCACCAAGUACGACCGGGAGGUGUAUGAGGAGAUGAGGGACGAAGGACGCCUGGCUCCAGACGGUUGCAACGUCAAGUACCGCCCCGAACAUGGCCCCCUGACGGCAUGGGAGAAGGUGCAGAAGGAUUUGCACGAAGCGUAAAAAAAGGAUUUUAUUGUGAAAUAAAAAAUAAAAUCAUCCAAGAAAAAC